CAACUUUUCACUCCCACGCCUCAAAAGCCAAGAGAUCCGUCUUUCCCUCUCGAAAACCCUUUUUCUCCCAGAUUAGAUUAGGUCGAAUGGCAACUGAUACGGCAGCCCCUACAUCGGAACUCCCGGCCGCGGAGAAACAGCCGCACAACCUCGAGAGGAAGUGGACGUUUUGGUACGACAAUCAGUCGAAACCCAAACAGGGAGACGUCUGGGGCUCCAAUCUCCGCAAGGUUUACACUUUCGACACAGUCGAAGAAUUCUGGUGUUUAUAUGACCAGAUAUUCAGACCAAGCAAGUUCCCUGCAUCUGCCGACAUUCAUUUAUUCAGAGCUGGAGUGGAGCCCAAAUGGGAGGACCUUGAGUGUGCUAAUGGGGGAAAGUGGACUGUUACAAGCAGCAAGAAGGCUAAUCUGGACAGCAUGUGGCUUGAAACUUUAAUGGCUUUAAUUGGGGAGCAAUUUGAUGAGGCUGAUGAGAUAUGUGGAGUGGUAGCCAGCGUGCGCCAAAGGCAAGAUAAACUCUCAUUGUGGACCAAGACUGCAGCUAAUGAAGCAGCUCAGAUGGGCAUCGGGAGGAAGUGGAAAGAGAUUAUUGAUGUGACCGAUAAGAUAUCUUACAGCUUCCAUGAUGACUCACGGAGGGAGAGAUCAGCAAAAAGCCGAUAUCAUGUCUGAAGAACGAACAAAUCAUAUAAAUGUAAACAAGCAUUCUUGUGAUCCAGCUUCGGGUUCAGAAAAUACUUAAAAGAAUUCCUCCAUUGUACUUUACAAUUUUGGAUCAGUAUUUUUCCUGUGUGAGAUAUAUUUUAAAACUUAAAUUUUUUUAGUAGUUCUAUUUUUAUCAAGGCUUCACAAGGUUUUUUACUUUAUGCAGCUUGAGAAAGAUGCCUUUUGUUCUGGGAAUUUAGGGUUUUUUCCUGUAUUGUGAACAUUGUUAGUAAAAUUACAGAAGCAACUCAAACCAAGAUAUAGCACCUUGGAUUUCAGUAUUAGCUACGUAGAGCGUCACUUGCAAUUUUCACAUUGUGGUUUCUAAUAGUAGAAUGCAAAAGUUUCUUCAUUUGGAAAAAAAUUAUUCUCUUUUUUUUAAUAAGUG